AUGAUGCCAAGCUCUAGCUCUCCAGUUUUCUAUCUCCCACACCAUGCUAUACGAAAUGAAACGAGCUCCACUACGAAGUUCCGGGUGGUAUUUGACGGCUUUUGCAAAACCACGACCGGACUAUCUUUAAACGAUGCAUUGAUAGUGGGACCUACGCUACAAGAGAAUCUUUUCUCCAUUUUGAUCAGAUUCCGAACAUUCAAAAUCGCUCUCACCGCCGAUAUAACAAAGAUGUAUUGGCAAGUUCUGAUCGAUUCAACUCAAAUGUCAUUGCAACAUAUUUUCUGGCGAGAGUUUCCAGAUGAGCCCAUCAAGACCUUCGAAUUUGUCACUUAUGAUACUUCAUCAGCAUCAUUCUUGGCUAUCAGAGCCCUAAGAAAAUUAAUGGAGGACAAUGCAGAUUCCUAUCCAAGGGCGUCGCAAAUGGCAUUGCGAGAUUUCUACGUGGAUGAUCUCGUCACGGGGGCUGAUUUAGUAGAUGAAGCUCUGUCCAAGAAAGAGAUCACUGCAUUGCUGCAGGACGAGAAAUUCGAGUUUAGAAAAUGGUCAUCCAAUGUUCUUAGCUUCCAGGAUCAGAACUCAUCCGGCGAGCCAAGAGAAUUUAUCUUAUCCUCAAACAAGAACUCCGAGAAAAGAACGUUAGGCAUUGCGUAG